CAAAAAUACUAUAGCUCGGCUUGUCGUCAGUCUAUCGUCGAGCAUCGUCAACAGCUGAUCUUGUGUAUAUACCGCGUGGUACCCAUAUUUUCUCUUAACCCAGUUAAAAUUGUAUUACCAGAAACAAGUUUGUUUCUUUUUUUGUUUAUUUUAAAAUAUUUAUUUAGAUAUAUAUGCAAAAUACAAAUAUCUAGAUCUAAAUGCAUAAACAGACACUCUCAUAUGAGUGAUCUUCACUUGAUCGUAAUACGUAAUAAUUUAUAAGAACGUCACGAAUUGUUUAACGUGAAUUAAAAAAGCCUUUUUUCCAACAAUGGCAAAAAUCCGUCCACUCAAUCCAGCUUUACAAAAAAUCGCAAUCACAGAACUCAAUGAAGAUCCAGACAACGUGACCAUGGAAAUUGCUUCAAUUCGUAAUUGGAUCAUUGAUCAACCCAAACUUGGAAAAUACCAAAUAUCGGAUCAAUUUAUUUUAAGUUUCCUUAGAGCAUGUAAAUACAAUCAUGAUACUGUUCAUAGAAAGCUACCAAAUUAUUUGAAUAUGAAAUCACUUUGUCCAGAAAUAUUGGCAAAUAGAAGAGCUGACGAAGAAAUGAUGGAUUUAGUUCGAACAGGUUUUCAUCUUCCACUAUCGAUGUCUUCAGAGAAAAACCAUUCACGUAUUCUAUUGUCACAACAUGGAAAAAUUGAUCUCAAAGAUCAUACAGUCUAUCAGGGUGUUAAGCUUUUGUACAUGGUUCUGGAAAUGAAUUUACUUGAAGAUGAUAAUACAGCAGUAGCUGGCAUUACCUGCAUUGAAGAUUUAUCAGGUCUCACAUUUGGUCAUGUGGUCUCUAUGAACCUCAUGGUGCUGAAGAGAAUGUUAGACUUUGUCAGAUGUGGAUUACCACAUCGAAUAAAAGGAGUACACAUUAUAAAUGCACCUUGGUUUGCAAAUGGAAUUUUCAAUGUUGUUCGAACGCUGCUUCCGGCAAAGAUAAAAAGUCGGUUUUACGUUCACAGUAAAAUUGAAGAUCUCUAUAAUCAUGUGUCACAAAAAAUGUUACCAGCUGAAUUUGGAGGAGAAAAUGAGACAAUCGAUGAUGUCAUAAAAACUUGGGAAAAGAAAAUGCAACAAUAUAGAGAAUAUUUCGAACAUGAUCUCCAAUUUGGAACUGGUUUUGAGCACGAAGUCUAAAUUUCAGAAUCAUACAGCAAAAGCCAAUAAGUCACAAAAGUUAUUAGUUUCUUUUUUUUUAAGUUUAUAAAAUUGUACUUAUAAAACAAUAAGAUAUUAAAUAAGUUGAUAUUAUAGUUAUUAUAAGAUAUUGGUUGAGUUAACUAUUUUUAUUAAAACUCAAAUUGUUAAGUUUUGGAAUUUAA